AUGUGCUUCUACCAACCAAACCCCGUGGGCUGCAGAUGCACCUUCUUCCAGCUCGUCCAACCCUGCGCAUUCGCAAGGCUCCUUCCACCACCCAAUCCAGCACAAAACGCCAACCCGCUCAUCGUCCCCUGCAGUACAAAAUACAUGGCACAGGGUGUCGGCGUACGCAUUUGCACCCACUGUCAGGCUUGGUAUGGAGGUAUGCCGGCACCGACGGUGGAGCCGAUGAGCAACGGCAUGGGAACGCGGAUACACGAUCCAGAUCCGGAGAGGGAUACGAUGUAUAGGAACCCGAUGUUUGAGUGGAUGGGGAGGUACGACCGUGGGUAUGAGAGCAAGAAUACAAAUUCUGGCCCUAAUGGGAUGGGGAAUGGGACUGUCUCUGUCAUGGAGCCGGUAGAGGGACAGAUACUCUCGUCAGGUUUACCAUUGCCCGACCCGUCGUCGGUGGAUACGUCUUUUCUGGGUUCUUCACGAAUGUCUGCGACUGAAGAUACAGAGGGACAGGCAAUUUUUGGCGAGAGCAGCGAGUGGUUUGGAAUUGGGGGGAGUUCUUUGGCAACGGGGGAUCAGAAGCAGGGAGAAGAUCAAGCACCGAGGUACACUCCUGCCAUUGGGGAUGGGGUCAGGGUUGACUUGGCUGCCGCUGAGGAACGGACAGAGGUUACGUCUGAGGAGAGAACAGACACGGAGGCUGCGUUAGAAGAAGAAAGUGAGGAAACUAAUGCGGGUGGGAAGGAAGAGGACGACGCAGAAGCCGAGCCACUGAGAUUGCCCAUUAUUCAGAGGGGGAACAACGAGGAUAAUGUAAAGACAAGAGAUGUUCUUUAA